AUGACGAAAGUACCGAAGGAGCAGCCCAUUGUCUACCAGCUGAGGGCCACCUGGACCCAGAUACUGUUUCCGCUGGCUGUCAGGAUACUGACAGAUGACUACCUGAAAAAGCCUACCCAAAAGCACCCACCAGGUGUGCUUCUGGUCGAUUAUGAGAUGAAAGAAGAGCUGGUCAAACCUUGGAUUGCUGCGUGGAAUCACAUCGAAAGAUGGCGUGUAUCUGGUUGGGAAGGCUGA